AAUCAGCAGGUAGCAGGUCGUCUGUGUUCCUAGCAGCAUCACCGAGUAGGCUGGUUAUUUUUUAAGAACAGUAUGGGAACUUAUUUUUACAACUCAAUAUGCCUGCAGCAUUUGAUCCUUAUGGUAUUAAUGUUCCAAGGGGCGUUUGGUUGCGGUGGUUUAAGAUAUGAGACGUCGUGCGUAAACAUACAGAUUACACAAGUAGAAACGUAUACAGACUACAAGACUUGGAAUCAAGCAAAUGAAGACUGCAAUACGAAAGGUUACCAGUUAGUCAGCAUACAUUCACUGGAAAAGUUAGAGGCAAUUACAGAAUACAUCCAAUACGCAAGUGAACAAAAGUUCUACAUUGGCUUAUCUCGAGCGGCAGACACUCCUAGGGCAGUUAUAGGAAACUGGAAAUGGUCCUCUACUCUUCCACUGACUUUUAAUAAGUGGGUCCCAGGGGACCCGAACGUUCGGGAUAGUAUUUGUGCCGGAACAUAUCUCGACAGAAAUCAGUUUGUAGAUGUUGGCUGCGGAGACAUAUCAGGGCUCAUUGGUCUAACAUACAUCUAUGAGUAUCCAAUCCCAAUAGAUUAUUGUGAAAAUAUCAGUUGUCAUAAUGGAACGUGUCAAUCGGCAAAUGGUAACUGUUCGUGCACAUGUGACAUUGGGUUUGAAGGUGAAUUCUGUGACGUUGAAAUAAAUUAUUGUGAAAACAUUAAUUGUAAUAAUGGAACGUGUCAUUUGGCAAAUGGUAACUUUUCGUGCACAUGUGACAUUGGUUUCGAAGGUGAAUUCUGCGAAAUCGAAAUAAAUUAUUGUGAAAAUAUUGAUUGUAAUAAUGGAAUUUGUCAUUCGGCAAAUGGUAACUUCUCUUGCACAUGUGACAUUGGGUUUGAAGGUGAAUUCUGUGACAUUGAAAUAAAUUAUUGUGAAAAUAUUGAUUGCAAUGAUGGAACUUGUCAUUCGGCAAAUGGUAACUUCUCUUGCACAUGUAACAUUGGGUUUGAAGGUGAAUUCUGUGACAUUGAAAUAAAUUAUUGUGAAAAUAUUAAUUGUAAUAAUGGAACGUGUCAUUCGGCAAAUGGUAGCUUCUCUUGCACUUGUGAUAUUGGGUUCGAAGGUGAAUUCUGCGACAUUGAAAUAAAUUAUUGUGAAAAUAUUGAUUGUAUUAAUGGAACGUGUCAUUCGGCAAAUGGUAACUUCUCUUGCACAUGUGACAUUGGGUUUGAAGGUGAAUUCUGUGACAUUGAAAUAAAUUAUUGUGAAAAUAUUGAUUGUAAUAAUGGAACGUGUCAUUCGGCAAACGGUAACUUCUCUUGCACAUGUGACAUUGGGUUCGAAGGUGAAUUCUGUGACAUUGAAAUAAAUUAUUGUGAAAAUAUUGAUUGUAAUAAUGGAACGUGUCAUUCGUCAAAUGGUAACUUCUUUUGCACAUGUGACAUUGGGUUCGAAGGUGAAUUCUGCGAAAUUGAAAUAAAUUAUUGUGAAAAUAUUAAUUGUAAUAAUGGAACAUGUCAUUCGGCAAAUGGUAACUUUUCAUGCACAUGUGACAUUGGGUUCGAAGGUGAAUUCUGCGAAAUUGUAAGCAAUAAUCCAUGUCAAAAUAUUAAUUGUAACAAUGGCACUUGCUACGCGACCAAUGGCAUAUACUCAUGUCAAUGUUAUGCUGGAUUUGAAGGAGAGUUUUGUGAGAUAAACCAAUGCCUUGCUGAAGACGUGGAAAAGAUGGGAACCAUUUACUCUUUUCCUAACACGUCACCCGGCGCAACUGCAUUCUCAUACCAAGUGUGCCCUGUCUACUCUCCGAGACCUGGUCUACCAAUAGCAAAUCGGUCAUGUUUACAUUACAAUAGUGUUGCCAAUUGGGGAGAAGUAUUUGUUUUUGAGUGUGGAACUGACAAUACCACAGAUAAAAUAUUACAGCUGUCCCAGGUAGAAGUCACCGAAGACAAUAUCGAAGAGGUUGCCAAUACACUAGAGGUUUUGACAAGGAACGCAAGUUCCAACGUAGAUGGCGCUGAGAAUGCUACGAUUUACUCAUCUCAAGUUCUUAAAAACAUCGUCUCAAUUAAUUCAUCAUCACCUUCAGUUACAACCACAGUGAUCAACAGCGUAAACAAUCUUUUGGAUAUAGUUGGCGAUGUUGAAGACUCUGAAGAAAUUCGACGUGCCUCGUCGAGCACAAUACAGUCGAUGGAAGAACAGCUCGCAACGGUCGCGUCUGCUGACUUUAACAUCACGGUCAAUCGCAAAAACGUUGACGUAACUGUUAGACAACUGGAUGUUGAUGACGUUGCGUCAAAUGGGCUUGUGUAUAUUUCAUUUCAAAACACAUCCGAAAAGCCAUCACUAUUGUUCUCUGAGUCACGCACCAACUUUGUUGACGUUGAUACCUUACUAGAACUGCCGUCAGAGGUAUUCACUAGUGGACCUACUGUGAUAAAUGGCGGGAAGGUUUCAGCUAUAUUCAUUAUCUAUCACCAGACUACGUUGUUUAGAACGAAUUAUGAAAAUAAACAAAUUGGCAGCAAAGUUAUUUCAGCUAAGAUUAAUAAGAAGAAGACACGUGACCUAGUAGAGCCGGUAGUAGGAGUUUUCACUCAAACUAUGAAUGGUACUAAUGCAGAGUGUGUGUUUUGGGAUUUUCAACUUGCGAAUGGCUACGGCAAUUGGUCAAAUGCGGGUUGCGUGUACAACACAACAAAAGACAGACGGGUCAUUUGUCAUUGUGAUCAUCUAACUAAUUUUGCUGUUUUGACGGACUACCAUGGUCAGAUUGGCUUGAGCCAAGAGACAAGAUAUCAUGUAUUGUCCAUCAUAAGCUUAGUUGGCUGUAUUGUAUCUGUGUUAGCUCUGGUGUUAACAAUCAUCAUUCAGACGUAUUCAAUGCAUACAAUGCCACGAUCAAGGGAACAGCACACAAUCCGUCCUAAAUUAGUUUUGAUUAACUUAUCCAUUGCAUUGUGUCUUCUCUACCUUGUCUUCGCCGUCGGCAUUGAACAGACAAAGAAUAAACAUACGUGCAUCGUCAUAUCUGUAGUUCUGCAUUAUUUUACCAUUUCUUCAAUGGCGUGGAUGACAGUACAAGCAGUGAAUAUCUAUCUAUCAUUGGUGAAGGUUUUUCCGACGUAUAUCUCUAAAUUUAGGAUGAAAGCAUACACAUUCGGAUGGGGAUUUCCACUCAUUCCUGUCACCAUGUCGUUAAUUCUCGACGUAAACAGUUAUACCAAUAAACACUAUUGUUUCUUGAAACCUGGAGCAGUUUUAUAUUACGGAAACAUAUCGGUAGUUGGCGUCCUAUUUCUCACAAACAUUGUCAUCUUUAUUCUCGUCAUACGCGUACUGAUGUGUUGUUCACGUCAGCGAAUACAAAGAAUUACUGAACCGAAAAGUAAAUUUAAACAUGUGAAAGAUCAGUUAUCUACCGCUAUUGGCCUGUCAAUUUUGCUCGGACUUACAUGGAUAUUUGGAUUUGGCGCAAUAGAGAGAUCAUCCAGUUCACACCUGACGUUCUCGAUGCAACUUCUCUUUUGCAUUUUUAAUUCUCUUCAAGGAUGGUUUAUAUUUGUGUUUUACGCUGUGCGUACUGGUGAUUUUAAAACCUGUAUGUGUUCAUUUAUUCAUAUUUCAAAACCACCACUUGACUCUAUCUCACAUAGCAAAGGAAGGCGAUUAGGGGCUACCACUGACGAACGAAUUUAUAUGACGAACACGACAAAGGGUUUGCUGAAAAUUGAGACUGACUAUAAUUGGUCAAGCAUAUGACAAUUUCUCGACUGUAGAAUAAUAUUAAUGUGGUUCUCUAUGACGCCAUCAUUAAUUUGAGUCAGUUAAAACCUUUCUUGUUUCUUGGUUAGCUGUAUGAAGAAAUUUAGAUAUAUAACCUCCGCACUAUCUAAUUUUUUUCUUAUUUUUAAUUGAAAGCUUAUACUGUUACUUCUUAAAGUGGCAAACAUAUCUUUUUAAGUUGUUUAGAUAUUAAUGCCGGCAGUGCUAACAUUCCAUUAUGUAAAUUUUUAAAAAUGUGAAAAUGUGGAUACUUAGAUUGAAUGUUAUAUUUGAGAAGGCAUAAAAGAGUUUAUAGAAGUGUUUUAACUGCAUAAACCAUCUAUAAAAAUGUAAUCUACAA